AUGUCCUCGUCCACCGAAUUCAACAUCAGCACUCUCCCGCGCAUCUCCCGGGAAUCUCUGGCCUCCCUCCUCAAAGACAAACACCCCUCUACAGCCAUCAUCGACGUCCGAGACAGUGAUUACAUCGGCGGCCACAUUGCCGGCGGCACAAACGUACCUUCCAACACCCAUGACUUCAAAAUGCCUGAGUUAGUGAGGACGCUCGAGGGUAAAGAGGUUGUGGUGUUUCAUUGUGCGUUGAGUCAGCAGAGGGGUCCCAAGGCUGCGUUGAGGUAUUUGAGGGAGAGGGAGAGGAUGGGUGGGAAGGAUGGAAAGAAGGAGAUAGAGGGGGAGCAAGACGCAGAGGUUGUGGAGGGCAAGGAAGGAGAGGAGGGGGUCAAGGUUAAGGGGCAGACUGUUUAUGUGCUUGAUGGUGGGUUUGCCAAGUGGCAGGAAGUGUAUGGAGAAGAUAAGGAACUCACAGAAGGCUACCAGAAAGAUAUCUGGGAGUUCGGGUACUAG